AGGACUGCAGGGAGGGGGUAAAAUAUAGAGUUAAUUAUUUUUAACCAUCACAACAAACUGAACUAACCCACAGUUAAUACUUUAGCAAGCUAGUGAGCUGUGAGAAGUGUUUUCGGUUGUGAGCUAGCUCGGGAACACUGCGGAAUUUUGUGCUACGUUUUAGUUCAAAAACAAAAAAAAGUUAAACUUUUUUUAUGUUUUAGCUGUCAAUAUAUACUUUUGCACUGGUUGCUACAAAUAUUAUAUUGCAAAAGACUGUACUUAAAACAUAUACAUAAAUGUUUGUUACUUCAAAUCUCUCCUGGACGCAGGAUUGGGAAUCGCACUGUUUGAACGUCAUUCGACGCAUAGAUAUGACGUAAUCUGUUGUCGUUUGUUCAUACUAGUCAUAGUGAGCGGAAUUGGUUUGCCACUACGCGGUUAAUCUGGUUUUAAUAAAUGUUAUAACGUUUAAAAUGGCGUGUCUGGGUUCUUUUUAUUUUUUAUUUUUUAUUUUUAUUUUUUAUUUAUUUGUUUAUUUAUUUUACACAAAAAAACAGGUGCUGUGUGUGUUUUAAUUUAAAUUUAAAUUUAAAUUUAAUUUGAAUCAAAAUAAUUCAUAAUUAAACAUGAGACAUAGCACAGAGCUCUGUGUUUGCUGAGUUUGGUUUGGUGCGUGAAAUAAUGAACUCUCUUUCUUGUUUUAACUCUUUAUUCUGUGGCAUAGUGUGCACCUUAGUAAAAGUCUACUUUUGUUUAUAAGUAGCAUUUAAAAAAAAGUCUUUUCUUCUUCUUUUUUUUUUUUUUAGAAAUAUGUACAGUGUGAAUGAAAAGCAUGUUUUUGUUUAAAGUGUUAAAAAACACUUUUGUUGAAUACAUGCAAGCUAUUAUUAUUAUUAUUAUUAUUAUUAUUAUGGAUAGUAGUAGUAAUAUUAAUAUUAUUAUUAUUAGUAGUAGUAGUAGUAGUAGAAGAAUUAAUAUUAGUAUUAGUAUUUGCAUGUUAACGUACUUUGAAAACGAACUUCCGGGGCGUCACUUCCUGUUCAUGCGUCGUUUGUUUUCUGCAACUUCAGUGACUGAGAGCAGCAGUUUGGGAUGGAGAAGAUAGACUUGCCAGCCCCUGGUCCUGAUGAUCUUCCCCUGGCCCUGCUGGAGAUGGGCUGUUCAGGGAAGUUUGAGCUCCUCACACACCCACAGCCCAGACACACACCCUUCCCUGCACAGAGCACGCUUCCUCAUGGGCUUCCUCCAUUCAGUCUGGACCUGAAGAUGGAGGUAGAGAAACGUUUCCUGCGGGAUCCCGCGUGGAUGCCCAUACAUGAUACAACAGACGCCUUCCAGAAGUUUCUUAAACUGACUAAAAAGGACAGACAAGUGGACUCACUGUUGCAGUGUUCGCUGUCUCCUCUGCACUCGGGCCUGUCUGUAGUGAGAGAUCCCACCACUGGCAUGCUGUUGGAUUUCACAGAGGUGUUACUGGAGCACACCGGCUUGUCGGCGAAGAACUCUUUAUCCAUGCAACGGCAGCCUGGACCUCCAUCUGAGAGCCUGAGAGGCAGCAACACCAACUACCCCUUCCUACCAGGUGGUAUGGAGGAGCUGACGUUAGAGCAGAUAAAGGAAAAGUCCGAGUUGGAGGAGGACAUUGACUUUGAGAAUGAUUUACUGACGGUGCCUCCGGGGCUGAAAACCGGCAUGAACUUCAGUAACAAAGAAGCCAAAACUACGAAAGGAGACGUGAACCUGCUGUCCCUGCUAUCUACGUUUGAUGAUAUAAUCGAACCUGUGCCUGAGGAGAAAGAGAGAGGCUCAGGAAGUGGAGAGGAGUCCAAACUCCACAGAACGAACAGCCUCGAGGAUCUGGGCAUUAAGGACACGCUGCCGGCUCCUGCUCCCGCUGCAGCUUCGUCACCGAGCAAGACAGAUGGAGGAAUACAGAAAAGCAGGGAAGAGAAGAAGGAAAGGAAGUGGGCUGUGCCCGUGGACAUCAAAUCUCCGUGUGAGGAUUUCUACAAACGGAUCCCCAAUCCUGCUUUUAAGUAUCCGUUUGAGCUGGACGUGUUUCAGAAGCAGGCUAUCCUCAGGCUCGAGGCUCACGACUCGGUCUUUGUGGCUGCUCACACCUCGGCGGGCAAGACUGUGGUGGCCGAGUACGCCAUAGCGCUCUCGCAAAAACACAUGACCAGAACCAUCUACACGUCCCCCAUUAAAGCUUUGUCCAAUCAGAAAUUCCGCGACUUUAAGAACACGUUUGGUGACGUCGGGCUUUUGACUGGAGAUGUUCAGCUAAACCCUGAGGCCUCCUGUCUCAUCAUGACCACUGAAAUAUUGAGGUCUAUGUUGUAUAACGGAUCAGAGGUCAUUCGCGACCUGGAGUGGGUAAUAUUCGACGAGGUUCAUUACAUCAAUGAUGCGGAGCGGGGGGUUGUGUGGGAGGAAGUGCUCAUCAUGCUGCCUGAACAUGUUGGCAUUAUUUUGCUCAGUGCUACAGUGCCCAAUGCAGUGGAGUUCAGCGAAUGGAUCGGGCGUAUCAAGAAGAGGCCGAUCUACGUGGUCAGUACGGUGAAGAGGCCGGUGCCACUGGAGCACUUCCUCUACACAGGAAACAGCACCAAGACCCAGAAAGAGCUCUUCCUCCUGCUGGAUGCUACUGGAGCUUUCCUCACCAAAGGGUACUACGCGGCUGUGGAGGCCAAAAAGGAGCGCACCAGUAAACAUGCCCAGUCUUUUGGUACGAAGAAGGCAUCACAGAACACCACACCAAAUCAGGACCGGGCCAUAUGGCAGACGCUGCUCAACUUCCUGUCAGAGAGGCAGCAGACUCCGGUGGUGGCGUUCACCUUCUCGCGCACACGCUGUGACGACAACGCUCGCUCGCUCACCUCUCUGGACCUGACCAGCUCGGUGGAGAAGAACGAGAUCCACUCCUUCUUCCAUAAGAGUCUGAGCAGGCUGAGAGGAGGAGACCGACAGCUCCCUCAGGUCCUGCUGAUGAGGGACUUGCUGAAGAGAGGCGUUGCCGUGCACCACAGCGGCAUCCUGCCGAUCCUGAAGGAGGUCAUCGAAAUGCUUUUCUCUAGAGGCCUUGUAAAAGUUCUAUUCGCCACCGAAACGUUUGCGAUGGGUGUGAACAUGCCGGCCAGGACCGUGGUGUUCGACAGCAUCCGCAAACACGAUGGAACUGGAUUCAGAAACCUUCAUCCUGGUGAGUACAUACAGAUGGCGGGGAGAGCAGGCAGAAGAGGCCUGGAUGCUACAGGCACGGUCAUCAUCCUCUGCAAGACUGGAGUUCACGAAAUGGCGGACCUGCACACCAUGAUGCUGGGAAAGCCGACGUUGCUGCAGUCCCAGUUCAGGCUGACUUACACCAUGAUCCUCAACCUGCUGCGAGUCGAGGCCCUCCGAGUCACCGACAUGAUGCGCAGGAGCUUCUCGGAGAACCACAGGGACACGCAGACUAAUGAGAGGAGGAUAUCCGAGUUGAAAAGUGAGCUUUCCUCUCUCCCACCUCUUGACACAGAGGGUCAGUUAUCUGAUCUGCUCUCAUAUUACCACACUUUGACAGAGCUACGCAUUACAACAGAAGCCCUGCAGCAAGCAGUGAUGGAGUCGGUGAACGGAAUGAAGGCCUUGUCAGUGGGACGGGUCGUCGUGGUCAACAACGCUCAGCACUUCAACGCCCUGGCUGUCCUCUUACAGGUGUCCACUGACUCGGUGAAUCGGACAUUCACUGCCCUCAUCAUUUGUGAGAAAGGCAACGAAGAAGCAGCAGGACCCGUUCAGAACAACCGGGUGUUCACACACCUUCACGACACCAGCCUUUUCACCCCAGAGGGUCCCUGCAGUCACACGGUGCAGAAGCUGAGGCCGCAGGACAUUUCUGCAAUCACAGUUAAGACCCUGAAAGUCAUCCCAGAGAGGAUUAUCGAUAACUAUAACAAGAGACAGCAGCCCCGCUUCAGACUGGAUCCACCUGGUCAAGCCAUUUCCACUGCAACUCAGGAGCUCCUGCGAUUGGCCGAGGCCAACCAGAACGGCAUCGCGACCCUCGACCCCGUGAAUGACCUCCACCUGAAGGGUGUGGAUGUGGUGGAGGGUGUGAUGAGGCAGCGAGUCCUUCAGGACAGCCUCAAAGACUUCCACUGCACCCACUCACCCACCUUCACUGAGCAGUUUGCACGUGUGCAGGAGCGGAUGAAACUGCAGGAAGAGCUGGACAAACUGCUGUACUUGAUCUCGGAUCAGUCACUGACUCUGCUGCCUGAGUACCACCAGAGGAUUAAGGUCCUGGAGGCUCUGAACUACAUCGACGGUAGCGGAGCGGUGCAGCUGAAGGGUCGAGUGGCAUGUCAGAUCAGCAGUCAUGAGCUCCUUCUCACAGAGCUGCUGUUUGAGAACACGCUGAGUCCUCUGGCCCCGGAGGAGAGCGCCGCCCUGCUGUCCUGCCUCGUGUUCACACAGAACACUCAGAUAGAACCGCACAUCCCCAACACAAUCCAAGAGGCGAUCGAUCGGGUGCUGGGCGUGGCUCAGCGUAUCGGGGAGCUACAGCGCGACUGCGGCCUCGCUCAGACCACCGAAGACUUCGUGUCCCAGCUUAAGUUUGGCCUGACUGAGGUGGUGUACUGCUGGGCCAGAGGAAUGCCCUUUGCGGAGAUCGCCCAGCUGACAGACGUGCAGGAAGGGACGGUGGUGCGCUGCAUUCAGAGACUGGACGAAGUCCUGAAGGAGGUUAGACAAGCGGCCCGAAUCGUAGGUGAUUCGGUUUUGGGCAGCAAGAUGGAGAGAGCAUCGCUGGCCAUUCGCAGAGACAUUGUCUUCACGGCGUCUCUUUACACGCACUGAGAGAGUGCGUGCUUCAGGGAUGGCUGUGUGUGUGUGUGUGUGUGUUUACAUAAAGAUCCACAUGCACUGUUGAAGGAGAAAUGGAGAAAAGGAGAAAAUCGUUUUCCAUCUGUACUUAUUAAAGAUGGCACCUCAGAGCAACGAAGACAGCUGAAGAUGAAGACUAAAUCCAUAUGAUUACAGGUUUGAAGUGUGUCCAGACAUGUUUACAUUUUGUACGUGUCUGUCUGUGAUAGAGUAACGCAGUGAUGUCUGAUGAAUUGGAAGUCAAAGACAAAGCCAGUCAUGGCCUGUAAUUUAUUGUACAGUAUUCAAACCCACUGUAUGUAAAAUGAGCGAUAGUCCUCUCCACAGCACUACAUGUCAACUCUAGUAAAACGAAUACAGCUAGGUGACGCGGCUCCUAAUGAACAUUACACGGACUGUCUUAUAAAGUGAAAUCUCACUUUUUAAAAAAAAAAAAAAAAAAAAGAGACCGUGAUUUAAGGAUGGAACUGAAAUUGAUUAUUCAUGAAUUCACAGCACACGAUAUUCUCCGUCAUGACAGUGCAGUAGAAAUUGCUCUUAAGCCUUCUAAAAUAGCACUUUCUCUGAUCACGUAGCAGCUUUUCACAGAACGUCCUGCAACACAAAUCCAUCGGUGUAGCGUAACGUUACGCUCGGAUCGAUUUCGGAAUUCCUCGUCGUCACACUUUACUUCCAUACCUAGUACACCGUCACACUCCUAAUAAUCAUGUUAUUCAUCAUCGUUUUUUUUUUUUUUUCUUUCGUACAGCAAUAUCCUUGGCCGACGAAACAGUCCAAGACGUGCUAGCUCGUCUCUGUCAACAUCAAUAUGCAUUCGGCUGUAUUAUAAUCGUCAGAUCACAGAUGCAUGUAGUCUGCGUGUUUGCUGACUCCCCCCGCUUUUGGUAGAGAUUCUUUUCUGAAAUUGAAAUCUCUUUUUUUUUUUUUUUUUUUUUUUUUGAAAGCAGCUGUAACCCACUAAUGUUCCUAGACAGUAUAUCGGCGAGCUAACGCGACUUCACUCAAUACUAGACAAGCUGAUUUCAAUAAACCUUUUACAAGAAUACACAUGAAUUGUUUUGCCACAAGACUGGAUUGUUUUCAGCGUUUUUCAUUGUAGCUUGGGAAUCGUGUAUAUCUACAAACCGACUGUAUGAAUGUGUGUGUUUGAGAAUGGUGAGCUGAGAUCUCUGCAGUAACCGGUAACCAAAUAUUACUUGUGUGUUGGACCAUUCUCAGAGCCUCGGUUAUAUUGACGGGAGCAACAUGGGUAGUGUUGAUUGGGGUUUAAAACAUCUCAAUGUCACUCCUGGGUUAUGAAUAGUCCACCGAUCAAUAAUAUCCAGCCAUCCCUGCUUUCCUCCCACCUCCUAAAAACAUGCUAGUACAUUAGCAAUUAGGGUACCGAAUUGUACUGUACAGACGUUUCUUUGUCACUGGGUUGGUACCAUCAAGAGUGUACAUACCUUUUUAGUAUGUAUCUUUAUACCCUUAAAUAAUUGAAGGUACAUAGGGGUCAUGAAACCUCCCUCUUUCAGCUCAAGUCUACCUCUCAAUGUUUUUGAAAAAUGCAGCUUAAAUGGGUGUGGAUGGCUGUGCGAAGAAGGGAGGGGAGUGGGUGUGGCAGGGGAAGAGGAGGGGGGGCAAGCCUUCAGAACACUCAAAAAUAAAUAAAUAAAAAGAUGGAUAGUGACACAAUUUGCAGAUGAGGCAGAGGACGUCUCUCCUCCUGAAUCCCCAGGGCUAAAUGGAGACAUAAUAGAUAGCAGUGCAGGUCCUCUGCCCUAUCUAUUUAAACCAUUACCCCUGGCGUGACUAUGGAGGAAAACAUCAAAUAAAACCAUAGGCAGCACGGAUGGGAGGAGUUUCGGAAUGGUAGCUAGCUAAUAGACUGAAGCUUUUCAUGAAUACAAAGGCGAAGGCUCGUCCCUUCAACACGGACUCUCGUUGUAUAGUUUUGCACUCGAUGGUCCGUGGAGUUUUAAGCGGUUUAAUUAGCUCAAAAGGUAAGUAAAACGGUCAUGGUUAAAAUUCAACACAUACCUCAUUUGAAGGGAUGGAAAAGUCCUCGGGACUGAGUACCGCAUCAUUGUGUAGACGCAAACUGCUUUCAUGAGCAAGUCCGAAGUCCACGUUUCUCCAAUUCUCGUAGCUCUCCCGAGAAAACACACUCGAACUCUUACACCACUGAAACAAACACCCGCGACCCGUUUGAACGCAUGUCAUCUAA